AUGAAGCGCUUUAGUCAGAGAGUUCUUUCGCGUGGGAAAGACCCAAACAAGUCUUCUAAGAAGAACAAGGAUAAUAAGGAUGGUACCGCGUCUCCCUCAUCACGGGACAACAAUCAGUCACCUGUGCUUACGCCCUCAUCCUCCACGUCGACUUUGAACGAUCCUCGAAACAAGCAGCCGCAAAACAGCUCUAAUCAUGGAAGCGAACACGGCGGCGCUUCGCAGCCCUCCAACUUGUCCAAUGUAACUCAGGCUGGUAAUGCCCCUGAUCACUUUGCUACCGGAGGCGCCUCAAGCCCCAACGGUGGAAGCUCUAGCUCUCGGCUUCCCCCAACUGUGGUUAUCAGCCCUACACCUGGUCAUGUCCCUCCUCCAGGAGCCGCCGAGACAAUGCCACACGACUUGGCUCCCCCCAAAGCGGGCCAGAAGUCGCUCUUGAUCCAUCGAGGAAUAGAUAACCGUGAUGCGAUUCCUGAGGGACUUCGAACCCCAAAGAGGCAGCAUUCCUCAAGAUUCGACAUUUCUGCCCAUCGCGAGCUUGAGAAACUGCCCGGUUUCCACGAAGUGCCACCCAACCGACGACAAGAACUCUUUAUGCAAAAGAUUGACCAGUGUAACGUUAUUUUCGACUUUAACGAUGCGAGCGGCGACAUGAAGUCGAAGGAAAUCAAGAGGCUUGCUCUGCACGAGCUGCUGGACUAUGUUGCCAACAAUCGACAAGUUAUUACUGAGCCCAUGUACCCCAAGGUUGUCGACAUGUUUGCCAAGAACCUAUUCCGCCCGAUCCCGCCCCCAAUAAACCCCCAGGGCGAGGCCUUUGACCCUGAAGAGGACGAGCCCGUUCUUGAGGUUGCUUGGCCGCAUAUCCAGGUCGUUUAUGAGUUCUUCCUGCGCUUCAUCGAGAGUCAGGAUUUUAACACCAACAUCGCCAAGGCGUACAUUGACCACAGCUUCGUCCUCCAGCUUCUUGAGCUGUUUGAUUCCGAGGAUCCCCGCGAGCGGGACUUCUUGAAGACCACCCUCCACCGCAUCUACGGAAAAUUCCUUAACCUCCGAUCUUUUAUUAGACGAUCUAUCAACAAUGUCUUUUUCCAAUUCACCUACGAAACAGAGCGGUUCAACGGUAUUGCCGAGUUGCUCGAGAUUCUUGGUUCCAUCAUCAACGGUUUUGCUCUACCCCUCAAGGAGGAGCACAAGAUCUUCCUAACCAGAGUGUUACUGCCUCUGCAUAAGCCCAAGAGCCUGAGCAUGUACCACCCUCAGCUUGCUUACUGUAUUGUGCAAUUUCUGGAAAAGGACGCAUCUCUAACUGAAGAUGUUGUUAUUGGACUUCUUCGUUAUUGGCCCAAGGUCAACAGCACAAAGGAGGUUAUGUUUCUCUACGAAGUUGAAGAUAUUUUUGAGGUUAUGGCUCCCGCAGAAUUUGCCAAGGUUCAAGAACCUUUGUUCCAUCAGCUGGCUAAGUCCGUGGCCAGCCCUCACUUCCAAGUGGCCGAGCGUGCCCUUUACUUCUGGAACAACGAGUAUUUCUGCAACCUUGUCAGCGACAAUGUGGAGAUUAUCCUUCCCAUCAUGUUUGCUCCCCUCUAUGAGAACUCAAAGGGUCACUGGAACAGAACAAUUCAUGGAAUGGUUUAUAAUGCCAUGAAGCUCUUUAUGGAGAUCAACCCUCAAUUGUUCGACGAUUGCUCCCACGAGUACACGGAACAGCAGAACAGCGCUGCAGCACGCGAGGCCCUUCGUGAGCGUAAAUGGGCUGCUUUGAGCGAAAAGGCGGACCAGCAGAGACAAAGCAACGGCAACGGAGUGGCUGAUGCUCCUGCUCAGAUCACACCCAUGCCCCGUGUAGACGAAAACGACGCUGCCACCGAGGACAAUUCAAAGCGUCUCGAUUCGCUUAAGUUGCAAGACGGCCGACCCAGUCUUCACGAGAGAGACAACUCUGUAGGAUCCGCCCGAAGCCGGUAAUCCAAACCGACAGCUCUAUCCAGCAUACAUCAGUGCAUCGAGCUUGGAUAAAAGAGCGCAGACCCCUUUCCAAAAUCGAAGCAUCAAGAUGGGAUAUAGUAGGUUCGAAUACCAUCAUUGCUGUAUAGUCUUGUUUGACGGUGGUAUUAUGAUUAUGAGGAGGAAUUGGUUUUUUCGCAGUUCAAUAAUGGACUUAAGAACAUGCGUACUCGACAUACAGUCACUUUGCUGGGUUGGAAUUGGCCAAUGUGGACACCACCAUUGCUCUGCAACGCUUUUGGACCUUUCAACCUUCUUUCUUGGUUCGCGCGGCAGCUAGACCACAUUCAGGGCUGCCUUGGGGAGGGGGAAAUAUGCGCAGGCGACAUUACAAUGCUAUCGUGUUUUUCUCUUGUCCACUUCCCGUGCACUGAAUAUGACAAGCGAAGCCGAAUGCUAUAUUAUAUCUGUGCCGUGGUUAUGGGUGGGAUACGGGCAUAAAAGGGCAUGGACGUCUAC